AGCUCCUCUGAGGUCCGGGUCACCAGCCGCUGCUCUGCCAGUAGGGCGCAGAACCCAGCCUCGCCCAGCGUCUCCGCCGCGCUCCCAGGGCUUCCCGUCGGGACCAUGCGCGGCCGCGAGCUCCCGCUGGUCCUACUGGCGCUGGUCCUCUGCCAGGCGCCCGGGGGGCGAGCGGUCCCGCUGCCUGCGGGCGGAGGGACAGUGCUGACCAAGAUGUACCCGCGCGGCAACCACUGGGCGGUGGGGCACUUAAUGGGGAAAAAGAGCACAGGGGAGUCUUCUGUUUCUGAGAGAGGGAGCCUAAAGCAGCAGCUGAGAGAUUACAUCAGGUGGGAAGAAGCUGCAAGGAAUUUGCUGGGUCUCAUAGAAGCAAAGGAGAACAGAAACCACCAGCCACCUCAACCCAAGGCCCUGGGCAAUCAGCAGCCUUCGUGGGAUUCAGAGGAUAGCAGCAACUUCAAAGAUGUAGGUUCAAAAGGCAAAGUUGGUAGACUCUCUGCUCCAGGUUCUCAACGUGAAGGAAGGAACCCCCCAGCUGAACCAGCAAUGACAAUGAUGGCCUCUCUCAAAGGAGAAAAACCAUAAGAGACUGCGUUCUGCAAGCAUCAGUUCUACGGAUCAUCAACAAGAUUUCCUUGUGCAAAAUAUUUGACUAUUCUUGUAUCUUUCAUCCUUGACUAAAUUCGUGAUUUUCAAGCAGCAUCUUCUGGUUCGAACUUGAGUCUUCCAAUUAAUGCUUUUUACAUCUAGGCUACCUGUUGGUUAGCUUCAAGGCCCCGAGCUGUUACCAUUGACAAUAAAAGCUUAAACACA